AGAUGCAUUGAAUGUGAAGUUGUUGGCUUUCCCAUUAUAAAACGCAGGAAAGGCCAGUGCUUUCUCCAAAACCAGAAACAGCAUUCCAAUCCACAGCAAAAAGCAAGUUAGCUUAUCUGUUGAGAAUUACUUUGAAAUUAAAAGAAAAAUGAUAAGCACCAAGAAGCUGAUUCAAAUGGCAAGGAAGUGGCAGAAGAUGGCCACAGUGGGAAGAAAAAGAAUUGCGUUUCAGAGGACGAACAGCAAAUCUCGUUUAGCAAAUGCAAAUGGAUCAUCGGCUGCUCAGAAGGGUUGUUUCAUUGUCUACACAAUGGAUGAGAGGCGCUUUGCCAUCCCUCUCUCAUAUCUCAGCAACAACAUCGUAAGGGGGCUCUUCAGGGCAUCGGAAGAAGAGUUCGGUAUUCCAACUGAUGGUCCGAUCACACUUCCCAUCGAUGCUCUAUCCAUGGAGUACAUAAUUUCAUUAAUUAGCAGAGGCUUGGCUAAGGACCAAGAGAAUGCUCUGCUUAUGUCCUUGACCAGAGGAAGCUGCUCAUCAUCCUCAGCAUUCAAUCAAGCAUUAGAGAGCCAACAGAUUCUUGUUUGUAGCUGACAGAUGUAACAAUAUCAGUACUUUGUAGAUAUGAAAUUGGUUUUGCCACA